AUGUCAACAAAUAAAUUAAAAAGUAGCAUUUUACUUAAAUUACAAAGCAUGAAUGUGGAAAAUACAAGGGAAGAAAAUAAUAAUAGUGGCAUAAAAAAGCAAAAUAGUGUUAAUAUUAUUAAAAAAAAAACAAUUAUUCAAACUGAAAAAAUCGCACCUGAUAAUAUUGUGGAAAAAGAUGGUGACAAAAUUAUAAAAAAAAAAAUAGUUAAAAAGGUCAAACAACAAGCUAGCGAUACAACAUCCUCACUAGCAUUGAUGAAAACACAAAACAAUGAUAACAUCUAUGAUAAUAAUAAUAAAAUAAGUAAUAAAACCGCUAUUAUAAAAAAAGUGUUGGCUCCUCAAAAAAAAAAAAAUGAACAAUCAAACAAAACAAAUAUAUUAAAUAAUGGAAACAAUGGCAGUAGUAAUAAUUAUGAUGAUCGUGAUGGCAAUUUAUCUGUGAACCAAAUGUAUGAAGAAAACGAAAUACUCAAUUCACUAAUAGAGGGAAAAGGGCUUGUUAAUUCAAAUGAGGCAAAAAAAAUUCCCAAAAAAAAAAAAAUUAUUAUUAUUAAAAAAAAAAUAAUUUCUGAUAAAUCUCAAAAUGAAGACAAUACAAUCAUACUAUCCUCAACUAGCCCCCAAAAUAGCAAUGCAUUAUCAAAAAAAAAACAACAAAAUGAAACCAAACCUAUAGACAAUACAAAUUUAAUAAAAAUGGAAAAUGAAAUAGAAAAUCAGAAAAAGAAAUUGGAAAUUUUAAAAGAAAAACACCAACAUGAAAUAAAGGCCAUGAAAGAAAAAGGAAGAAUAGAAGAAGACAAAUUAAAUUCACGCAUACAUAAUUUAAACAAUAAAAUAAAUACUGAAAAGGAUGAAAAAGAUAAAUUAAAAGAAAUAAAUACUGAUUUAAAAAAUUCAAUAUUUGAAAUAGAACAAAAACUAAACAUAUUAGAAACCGAAAUAAAUGAGCAAAAAGAAUUAUAUAAUCUUUUAGAAGAAAAAUAUAAGACGCUAGAAAAAGAAAAUGAAUUAAUCUUAGAACGAAAUGAACAAAAUUGUAUUAAAAUUACAAACUUAGAAGAAAAUAAAUUAACAAUGGAAAAACAUAUAGAAGAAAAAGGUCUUAUUAUAAAAAAAAAAGAUGAUACUAUAAUUAAAUACAUCAAGGAAAUUGAAAAUUAUAAAUGUAUACUAAGGAACAAAGGAGAAAUGACGAUAUUGUCUAAUAAUGCCAAUAAUAUUGAUAAAAAUACAUCAGAAAACCAUAAAAAUAAAAAUGAAUACAUAAAUAAAUUAAAUAAGGAAAAAAAAGAAUUAAUAUAUGCUUUUAAAAAGCAAUUGGAUUUAAUAGUUAUACUAAAAAAACAAAUAAACCUAUUGGAAAAUAACAAAAUAUUAAACAUAACAUCAACUGAAUUUAAAAAAAUUAUACAGGAAUAA